CAAUCACAACCUCUAGGACCAUCUUCUCAGCCAUCUCCUGUUUCUGGGGCCAGCUAAUGCUGUUUUUCAUAGUUAGCUCCUUAUUGUCCACCAAUCAUGAGCUCCCAGUUUUGUCAGAAUUAUUCUACUGAACUGGAAGUUACCGUCUACCACGUAGUCAGUCUGCAUCUGCAGGCCUCCUACACCUACCUCUCUCUGAAGCCAUCCCAAGAUAAGUGGGGUAGAACCCUGGACACCAUGGAAGCCACCACAGCCCUGGAGAAGAACCUGAACCAGACACUUUUGUAUCUGCAAGCUGUGGGUUUUAUCCACAUAGACGCCCAUCUUUGUGACUUUCUGGGGAGCCAUUUCCUAGAUGAGGAAGUGAAACUCCUCAAGAAGAUGGGCAACCACCUGACCAACCUCCACAGGCUGGCCAGCCCCCAGGCCCAGAUGGGAGAAUAUCUCUUUGAGAGGCUCACCCUCAAGUACAACUAGGAGCCUCUGGAGCCCAGUGACCUUUG